UUGGAAGCGGGUCACAGUCGGCAGCCGCGCGGUUCCCUGCUGUUUGGACCACUACAGACUCCUCCCUUCUUGGCUGCCCCAUCCUGAGCUCCAGACACCAUGAACCUUCCCUCCACCAAGGUCUCCUGGGCCGCCGUGACGUUCCUGCUCCUGCUGCUGCUGCCGCCCGCGCUGCUGUCACCCGGGGCGGCCGCUCAGCCCCUGCCCGACUGCUGUCGCCAGAAGACCUGUUCCUGCCGCCUCUACGAGCUGCUGCACGGCGCGGGCAACCACGCCGCCGGUAUCCUCACGCUGGGCAAGCGGCGGCCGGGGCCCCCGGGGCUCCAGGGCCGGCUGCAGCGCCUCCUGCAGGCCAGCGGCAACCACGCGGCCGGCAUUCUGACCAUGGGCCGCCGCGCAGGCGCGGAGCCGGCGCCGCAUCCUUGCCCGGGAGGCCGCUGCCUGGCCCCGGCCGCCACGGCCGUCGCGCCCGGUGGACGGCCUGUGCUCUGAGCCCGGCGAAGGCCCCGCGUUCUCCGCCUCUGCCCUCUCUCUGUUCCCCCGGAAAAACUGC